AUGGGAAAGUACACAGAGCUGCUGGAUGCAGGGGUGAGAAUAGUGGCAAGGUUCCACUCACACUGCCCACAAACUGCCCGGAUGUACUACCACCCUCCUUCCAACUCCGACCACGACCACGUCCACCACCAUCCUCAGGGCAGCCUGGCCUCCUCCGCCGGCCUCAGCAUGUUGGUGGUGGGUCAGAGAGAGAAGCAGGGCAGGGCAGGGCAGGGCAGGGCAGGGCACGAUACUCCCCAGGUCGAACCUGGCCUAGGGACAAUUCCAACCGCCUCAGGAUGUGUCUUGACCCCUUCAUAA